AUGAGACCGCCGGGUUUUCAGCCAGCGGCAGCUGCCGCGGCCGACGUUUUGCCAGCUGCUCCUGAUGGACAGCAGGCCGACGAGGGCGAGGAGGAGGCUCGCCCGAGGGUGCUGAAGGCACCUCACGAGCCCUCUCAGAGGGAGAUCGUCGAGCACGAGGCGAUGGGACACGCGACCUACCGCAGCUGGUGUCGCGUGUGUAUUGCGGCAAAGGGCCAAGGCCAGCCGCAUCUCCGCGCACCGGAGGACGACGAGACGGCGGUGCCGGUGGUCUCGUCCGACUACGCCUUCAUGGGCCAGGACGACGCGGACACCAUGCCGAUGCUGGUCCUUAGGGAUCGACGCUCGAAGAUGAUGGCAGCGACAUUCGUGGAGAAGAAGGGCGACGACGCCUACGCCAUCAAGUUCUUCGCACGCUUCUUACGGAUCCUGGGCUACAGGAAGAUCGUCAACAAGUCCGACGGCGAGCCAGCGAUCCUGCUGGUCAAGAGGCGUGCGGUGGAGGAGGUUCCUGGCCUCGAGGCCAUUCCCCAGGAGUCGGCACCGGCCGAUCAUCAGGCCAAUGGGGAGAUCGAGGUCACGGUGCGCGAGAUCAAGAAGCAGGUGCGAGCGCUCAAGAUGGACCUGGAGUCCAAGCUGGGCGUCAAGGUGGAGGACAAGCACCCAGUGCUAGCGCACCUGCCGGAGCACGCCGCAUCGGUGAUCAACCGAUACAGGCGCGGCCAGGACGGCAAGACCGCUCUUCAGCGGCUCACGGGACGGCAGUGGAGGAAGCCGGUCCCGCUCUUCGGUGAGCGCCUGAUGGUGCGGUUCGCCGGGGAGCGCGCGAGGAAGAACGCGCUGGAGGAGCAGAUGGUGGAGGCUCGCUACAUCGGCCACCACCCGCGCGACGGCUCGAUGAUGGUCAUCACGAGCGACGGUGUGAAGAAGGCGGUCGGCUUUCGCAGCCUGCCGCAGAGCGAGAAGUGGAUCACGGCGGGCUGGGACAGCCUGAAGGGCCUGCCGUGGGACGUGGCUCCGCGUGCGGCCAGUGCGCCGCGAGCCAUCGUCGGACCGGGAGAGGCCGGUCCGCCACCGAUUGUGGUGGUGCCGCCGCAGCCGCAGGCGCCGAGGAGGAUGUACGUUCUCAAGGCGGACGUCGAGCGGCUGGGCGCAACGCCGGGAUGCCCAGGGUGCGUCUCGAUCGCCAAGCACGGCAAGGUGCUGGCUGGCCAUGCGCACAACGCGGUGUGCAGCAAGAGAAUCUUCGAAGCGCUGGACGCUGAGGAGGCAGGCCGGGAGAGGACCGGCCAGUAUCGAGAGCGGAGGCAGGGCCAAGAGGCCAGAGUCCGCCCGGCGGCAGCGGCCGCGGCAGGGACCCCUCCGCCGAAGACGGCUCGGAGGAUCACCGAGCCGGUGGCAGCGGCGGCGUCGGCGCCGGCCGCGAGCCGAUCGGCAGCAGCGCCAGCCGCAGCGGCGCGCAUGCGAGAGAGCCAGCCGGGAGCAUCAGGCUCCGGCGUGGCGGCUCCUUCAGGAGGAGCGAGCUCCAGUUCGGGAGCAGUGAGAGCGGCAGAGGCCGCCGAGGAUGUCGACAUGACCGCGACCAGGUCGCGGCUGAAGCGCUUGGCGGAGGUGGCCCCGGAUGACGUGCCGGAGGCCCUCGAGCGCGGUGAUCCACAGCCGGCAGACGUGCCGGUACCGGUGGACAUGGAGGAUCUCGCGGCGCAGCCGGCGCCAGCGGAAGGACCUCAGCUGCCAGCUGGAGUGGCAGUCGUGUGGAACGCCAGUGAGGGGAGACACAUGCGGGUGCUCGCUCUCGACGUGGCGUCGAUCGAGCUGGUCGAGCUCGGAGUGCUGACGAGGGCGAAGGCGGAGUUGCUCCCGCUCGUUCGCGAACAGGUCAGCGGCCAUUGGGCCAGCGUCGGCGUGGACAUCGCCGACGAAGAGGUGGACGGCAUCGCCUUAUCGGCGUUGCAGCUGGGCGCCGUGGACGUGGCAGAGGUGCACUCGCCACAUCGGUUCUCGGCUCGGGCGGCGGAGUUUCAGCUGCGCCCGGGCUUCGCGGCGGACCUGGAGGAACUCAAGGAGGACGGGACGCCGUGGGACUUGCGGCGACCCGAGGAUGUCAAGGAGCUCGAGGAGCAGCAGGAGCGGAUGGAUCCCAUCCUGCUCACAGGGUCCCCUCCAUGCGAGAAGUUCAGCUUGCUGAGGGGCCUGAGCGCCAAGUUCAGGACCGAUGAGCAGGAGGCGGCUGAGAUGGAGGAGGCCAGACACCACCUGAAGGUGGCAGUCGACGCCUACUGGCGUCAGCUCAGGAAGCCAGGCAGGUACUUCCUGCAUGAGCAUCCCUGGAGCGCGCGAUCGUGGAAUGAGGACAUCGUCAAGGAGCUGGUCGCGCAUCCAGGAGUCUUCACGGUCAAAGGCCCCAUGUGUCGGUGGGGCAUGAAGCUCACGAACCCACGCAGUGGCCAGGAGGAGUUCGUGCGCAAGGAGACCGGGUGGGUCACCAACCACCCAGGCUUAGCCCGGAGACUGCAGGGCACUUGCAGCAAUGUGGACGGACGCGCGGAGUGGCAUCGCCACAUCACGCUCGUGGGCGGCAUCGCGCGGUUCGCGAAGGUCUAUCCACCGAAGUUGGUGGAGGCGGUGCUGGAGGAGCUCAAGGACACGCUGAAUGACGUGGGGGAGCUCAGCACCGCCCAGGUGCAGCAAUCGGGCCCAGUCCCUGUGGACGCGGCGGUGCCGCCCGGGGACUGGACGAGCUACUGGGAUGACGUCAAUGGCGGCUACCUGGAGGCGGGCCUUGUGGCCCAGGCUCGCGCGGUCGAGCGCGAGUGGGUCAAGAAGCAGGAGCUGAUCGAGAUCGAGUCGCUUCGCAAGAAGGGCAGGAAGCCGGGCAACUUCAAGAUCGGCUUCUUCGACAUCAGCAGGGCGCACUUCUACGGGAAGGCGCAGCGGAGGAUCUUCGUGGAGCUGGAGGAGGAGAGUCGCAAGGAGUACGGCGAGGACAAGUGUGGCUUACUCCUCAAGUCCUGGUACGGCACGCAGGACGCCAGCAAGAUCUGGCAGGGCGACUACACGGAGCUGCUGGAGGAACACGGCUACAAGGCGGGCGUGUCGUGCCCAGCGGUCUUCUACAAGGAGGUGGACGAGACGAGGCUGCUGGGGCACGGCGACGACUUCGCGGUGCUGGCUCAGCAGCAGGACAUCGACAGCUUCGAGGCCACGUUGGGCAAGAAGUACGAGUUCAAGAAGACUGCGAACCUCGGCUUCGACGAGGGCGACGACAAGCAGGCGGUCUUCCUGAAUCGGGUCAUCGAAGUCAGUGCGGGAGUUCCGCCUGGCGGUGGCCGGCCCUGCCGGCAUGCGAUGAUUGAGCCGGACAAGCGGCACGCAGAGAUCGUGAUCGACGAGCUGGGUCUCAGCAAGGCCAACGGCGUGGACACGCCGAUGGAGAAGCGCAGCGCCGACAAGCAGAUGAUGGACGCGAAGUCGGCGGCGCUGGGAACGGCGGAAGCUUCGCGCUUCCGAUCCCUCACCAUGAGGGUAGCCUACCUGUCUCAGGACAGGCUGGACUUGGCAGAGGCAUCGAAGACGCUCGCCAGGUCCAUGCAGACGCCGACGGAGGCGAGUUGGCUCAUGCUCAAGAGGGUUGGCCGCUACCUUAAGCGGCAUCCCAGUACGGUGACGGUCUUCACGGAGCAGAAGAUGUUCGACAAGAUCCGAGGCGACCUCUCGAUCGCCGCGGUUCCUGGUAAGAACAAUGUCGCGGACGUGCUGACCAAGAGCUUCGACCCAGAAGGAUAUCAAGUGAAGGAGUGGAUCGAAUCCAUGCUCCGCUACCUGUGGGGCUGGAUGAGUUUCCGCCGGUGGCGGUAUGAUCGCACCGGACGGGCCGCGCCUGGUACUCCCUCCCCCGUCCCUGACGCCUGA